AUGGCGGAUUGGUGUGGUUACUGUCUGUCCUCAGGCAGCCACUCGACGUACACCUGUAAGAAGGUUUCCCGGGCGUUCCACCAGAACGCGGUGCGUCAAGACUUUGUGUUCCCACCAGGAUGGGCUGCCAUCCCAUCUGGCGAACUACCCCCAAGUGGUGGCGGUCGACGAACUCAAGGCGGACCCAGCGGCCACCGCGGUGGCAAACCCCACGGCAAAGGCGACGGGAGUGGUGGAGGAACCGGGACACCCUUCCUCAACACCAUUCGCCAAGGCUACGCAUCCAGCGGCCCACCCGGACACGCAACAAGCCGUCCACCAGGCUACGCCAGCAUGGGACAAGGCGGCCACUCCGGCUACGCCGUUUCAAUCACGGCGAUUAUUGCGACGAUCAACGCGGCCGUAUCCCGUUUCGUCAGUCGGUCUACCGCUAUCGUAGUCGCUCCGGCGACCGGUACCGCGACUACCGCGAAGACCGCGGGCACUAUCGCGACGACCGCGGAACUUAUCGCGCCGAAAGCCGCGCCAACCAAGAUGACCGGCACUACCGCAGCCGCAGUCACUCCAUGUACGACAACCGGCGCCAUCGUAGUCGCAGCCACAGCGCGCUGCCAGCCGACCAAGCCUACGACCCACCGGCAUCCACCCCCCAGCGCAGCCAAAGCAGCAGCGCGUCACGCGGUUCUACCCGAACGUUAG